AUGAACUUCAACCUACCUGAUAUUCAGAAUUUACGGAACAAUAUUGAUUUUUGCUCAAUUGCUCAGUUCUUUCAUACGUUUGCACCGGCAUUUGGUCCAUGGCCAUCCACCGCUCAAGACAUCCUCUAUGCGCGUCCCAUUGACCCCAACAACGAGUAUGUGUUUGAGACAGAGGAUUUAGAACGAAUGCUGCUGGAAACAUCCGAAAGAAUCAGACUAGAGGAUAUGUUUGUCAGGAUGCUGCGUCUAGUGACAAGAAAUAGAUUUAUAAAUUCUUCUAAUUGGCAAACUUACUACUCGAAAGAAUUUGACAAGCGAGAAUACGACCAGACAAAUCCACUUGUAAAGCAACAGGAGGAAAAGGAAGAACCGACAGACCAGCAGUUGCCUGAAGAAAGCGCCGUGUCAGAUGUCAAGAAGCCAGAACUCGUCAACUACUUUACACUGGACUUGGACACAAGAGUUCACCUGCUGCAUUUACUUUGCGAGUGGCAAUUGGAUGAACCAGAGAGAUUCAGGGAACACUUGGAUUCAGAAGAGGAUGCUGUUCAAUGGCGUGUAGAUCCUAUUGGUUUCGAUAAGAAAGGAAGCACUUUUUGGCUGUUUGAUGACAACAGAUUGUACCAGGAAACACCAAAACCCAAACCUGUCAAGAAGUCAAAUGCUCGCAACAAGAAACAGAAGCGUGCUGCGCCAGCGCCAGCACCGCCUACCAGAGCCUCGCGCAGAAGCACUAGAUCGUCCGCCGUGCAAGAGGACCCAGAGCCUGUCAAGGAAGCAAAAUUCGAAGAAGAAGAGAGCGAAGACGAAGGAGAGUGGAUGCCGUGGAAAUUGCUUUGUUAUACAAAACACGAAUGGGAGAAUUUUCCAGCAAAGUAUGCCAACAGCAAAAACAUUGAUGAACAGAGAUUUUAUCGAUUGCUGGUGGACGAUUUGCUUCCCAAAGUAUUACCAGUUUUGGAAGAGCACGAGGAGAAGAUUAGAAAGCAAGAAGCCAUGAUACAUAGAAAGAGAAGUUCUCGAAUCAUGAUCAAGGAAUUAGAGGCGCUCGAAAGAGGGUCUGCUGAACCAGUUUUGGAAGACCCCUAUUCCACUGGGGCAGGGGCUGCAGGGGGUCAUGGUAGAGGUCGCUCCAACAGACUAGAGCAACGCGCUUUGGAAAAGGAACAACAAGAGAAGGAAGCGUUGGCUAAAGCACGAGAAGAGCGUCUGUUAGAGCGUGAAAGACGCAUCAUGGAGCGAGAGUACAGGGCAUUAAAACGACAAGCGAGCGAAGAUGCAGUGCCUGAACAGGCUCCAGUCGAGAAUGGGCCGAUUGUCAUUGAUGGCACGUCGCCAUUGCCAUCAAAGAAACCAAAAAAAGCCUCCAAGAAAUCUGCAGCCAAGACAAAAACAACAGCAGCAGCAGCAACAGGAGAUGCCGAGCAGAAACCUAAAAGAAAGUAUGUCAAGAAGCCUAAAUUUGACGAAAAUGGCAAUCCUAUCCCCAGAAAAGUCAAAUUAGAUAAAGAUGGCAAUCCGAUUCCACUCAAGAAACGAGGAAGGAAACCCAAGAACAGAGACGAGGAUCAUUGGCUGUUUGAUUGUGUGUGUGGUGUUUCUGGAGAAAACAUUGACGAUGGUACGCCUUUAGUAGCAUGUGAAAAGUGUGGUACAUGGCAGCAUAUUGCUUGUUUGCAGAAAUCAGGUCAGAUUGCUCCAUCUGAAUCCAUGGAUAACCUCAAGUUUGUGUGUCAGAAAUGCGAGAGACAUCAAGAGGAAGAAGAGCGUGAACGCAAGAGACAACGAGAGCAGUAUUAUAGUGCGAUAGCGUCACCGCCUGUUCCUGGUGCUUAUAUUCCACAGAUGCCUACAUUGCAGUCGCCAUGGCAACCUCAGCAGCUACAUCAACAGUCUUCACCUGCAAGACCUAACCCUUCUAUGCCAGUUGCUCAGCAAUCACAGCAGCACCCACCACAGCCUUAUCGUCCUCCCGCUACGUCUGUAUUGCCUCCUAUUAGAUCGCAUCCACUGAAUCAGGCACAGCCAUUUCAAGCACCAGCACCAACACAACCAGCCUUUCAUCAAAUACAGCAACGUCCCGUAUUGCCUACUACUUACCAACCCCUACAACCCCAACAGGGCCAGUAUUCGCCUGCUGCGAUGGCUCCACCUCCAUCAUCUCAACAGCCAUUGCUAAACCCUGCUCAAGCAUAUCCCCAAGCGACUGUAUCACAACAGCAAACAAUACAAUCUAUUGUUUCACAGGUUGCAUCGAAUCCAGUCUCACUUGCUCAACUGGCUAAUCUUCUCGAUAAAAACUUGCAACAACAACAACAACAACAACAACAACAACAGCAGCAGCAGCAGCAGCAGCAGCAGCAGCAACAACAACAACAACAGCAACAACAGGAGCAAGAGCAAAAAAGAUCUGAAUAA